AUGUCGCUGGACGAAGAAGCUCUCCAGACAGUCGCCAAUGGCGGCUCCAUGGACUUAGAGAAAUGGACUGGCAUGGUUGAUCCUUUACUGGAGCGCCUGGAAAAUAUUGUAUACAAUGUGUUUCCUAUGCCCAAAGUGCCUCCAGGGUCGUACAACCACGAAGAGUUCCAACAGCCAUCCCAGACAUCUGAGACUACCACUGUCCCGCCCGAAAGCAGUAACAAGGAGAAUACUGCCCCGGGCGGCCCACAAACCCCUCCAGCGCCAACCGACUCUCUGCCGCCGACCGAGAGGGUGCCUGACUCGCAGCCCCAGUCAACACAGCAGCCGAACGAUUCACUACCGCCUCCACUUGCUCUUCUCCUGAGCUCUAUCGAGUCCGCGAUUCAAACUUUCUUUCUGAGCAAGCCUCCGCAUACAAUCCAGCGGUUUGCGGAGCUUAUUCUCAACCCGACGGCUCAUUAUAGGACUUUACCCGCCUACCUCCGUGCUGUGGACCGCGUGGUUUCGGUGACUAGCGGGAUAGACGUCUUUCCUUCCAGCAUCCUGGAAAAUGCCACCCCCAGCGGCCAGUCUAACGGACUCGCGCACCCCACAAACAAUGCCAGCACCUACCUAACUCCGGACUAUGCGACUGGUUUAGGGAGCGACGAGUCCUUGGGCGGUGCGCUACUCACCCCUAUUCCAUGGCUCACCAACGCCUCUUUUGAGGGUGAGGAAGCUUCUACAUUGGACGAUGAGCAAGCUGUACCAACACAACCGCAAGAAAUGGAAAGCGGCGACAACAAUAUCGCAACCACCACAACAACUACUACGACGUUUACUGAUAUUGAAGAGGCUGCUCAUCGUGCCGGUCAGCGUAAUUCUACUUCGCCACCAGCAGAAUCCCCAGACGAAAUCCCCCAUGCUCGUGGCCCGGCACUCUUAGGUGUUCAGGAUAUGGGCCUGCAAGACGGAAAAGGUGUGGAGGUUAACCUUGGUGACCAAACUGCCCAAACUGCUAUAGGCGAUGGUGCCUCCGAUGCCCUGGCCUCGGCCUCCAUCGAAGCAGCACAGGAGGCUAACGCCACAGAUGGAGACGGGGAUAUAGUCCUCGACGACUCUACACCCAAGGAACAGAUAGACAAGACAGAAGAUUCGACAGAAAAAACCCAGAAGGACUUCGAAGCAACUGAUUCCACGCAAGCCUUGGACCCUGAGAAGAAGAACUGA